AUGAUGUCAUGUGUUGAUGAUGAAACAAAUGUUUAUAGUUUUCAUGUCAAUAAAUUUUUUAAAAUUCAAAGAGCAUUUCAUCAAUUUGAUGUAAAUCAUAAUGGAUUUAUAACAGAUGAUGAAGUGCAUCAAUGCCUUUGGUAUUAUUAUUCUUAUUUCAAUGAUUUUAAUAUACCAUAUAUUUCAUCACAGAUGAGUUAUAAUCAAGAUGAACAAGUCAGUUGCGAUGAAUAUAUGAGAUUUAUGUGUAAAAUUAAUUGA